CGGAAAGGAGGCGGGGCCGCGGCGGCGCGCGCUCCCGGAACGCGCGCGGGCGCAGGCGGCGCGGAUCGCAGGGAGCCGGUCCGCGGCCGGAACGGGGUUCCCCGUGUGCGUGUGGAACGGGGCUCGGGGCAGACGGUCGCGAUGAACACGGUGCUGUCGCGGGCGAACUCGCUGUUCGCCUUCUCCCUGAGCGUGAUGGCGGCGCUCACCUUCGGCUGCUUCAUCACCACCGCCUUCAAAGACCGGAGCGUCCCGGUGCGGCUGCACGUCUCGCGGAUCAUGCUAAAAAAUGUAGAAGACUUCACUGGACCUAGAGAAAGAAGUGAUCUGGGAUUCAUUACAUUUGAUAUAACGGCUGAUCUAGAGAACAUAUUUGAUUGGAAUGUUAAGCAAUUGUUUCUUUAUUUAUCAGCAGAAUAUUCAACAAAAAAUAAUGCUCUCAACCAAGUUGUCCUUUGGGACAAGAUUGUUCUGCGAGGUGAUAAUCCAAAGCUGCUGUUGAAAGAUAUGAAAACAAAAUAUUUUUUCUUUGACGAUGGAAAUGGCCUCAAGGGAAACCGGAAUGUCACUCUAACCCUGUCUUGGAACGUUGUACCAAAUGCUGGAAUUCUACCUCUUGUGACAGGAUCAGGUCAUGUAUCUGUCCCAUUUCCAGAUACAUAUGAAAUAACGAAGAGUUAUUAAAUUAUUCUGAAUUUGAAGCAACAUAUUUUUAUACUUAAUCAUAUCUCAUUUUUCUCUUCCCUUGUAUCUUCAUUUGUUUUUUGGUUGUUACUUUUUUUGGGGGGGGGGGCAUAAGACUAACAUCAAAAGGCAUAUUUGAAAGGUUAAUGUGCUAUUUAGACUCAAUUUUACAAACAAAACACACACAAAAGAAGGCCACCGGAGUGGAGUAUUAUAAAAAUAAGACAACUACAUAAUAAAGAUUUGUAACAAAUUUA